AUGGCCCGGCCCCGGAGCAUUUUGGAGCCGCCACUGCUGGCGCUGCUGCCACCUAUCCUGGUGCUGAUGCUGGAGCGGGCGGGCGCGGCGGGCGCGGCGGGCUCGGUGCGCCUGGCUGGCGGCCUCACGCUGGGCGGCCUGGCGGCAGUGCGCUGCCCCGGCGGCGUCCCUCCCCUGCGCGCCGCACCCCCCGAGCGCGUGGUGGCUGUCGUGGGGGCCUCGGCCAGCUCCGUCUCCAUCAUGGUCGCCAACGUGCUGCGUCUGUUUGCGAUCCCCCAGAUCAGCUAUGCCUCCACGGCCCCGGAGCUCAGCGACUCCACACGCUACGACUUCUUCUCUCGUGUGGUGCCCCCCGAUUCCUACCAGGCCCAGGCCAUGGUGGACAUCGUGCGGGCAUUGGGAUGGAACUAUGUGUCCACGCUGGCCUCUGAGGGCAACUAUGGCGAGAGUGGGGUUGAAGCCUUUGUGCAGAUCUCCCGAGAGGCUGGGGGAGUCUGUAUUGCCCAGUCCAUCAAGAUUCCCAGAGAACCAAAGCCAGGAGAAUUCAACAAGGUGAUCAGACGACUCAUGGAGACACCCAACGCUCGGGGCAUCAUCAUCUUUGCCAACGAGGAUGACAUCAGGAGAGUCCUAGAGGCUGCACGCGAGGCCAACCUGUCAGGCCACUUUCUGUGGGUUGGCUCAGACAGCUGGGGAGCCAAGACCUCACCCAUCCUGAACCUGGAGGAUGUGGCAGUGGGGGCUAUCACCAUCCUGCCCAAAAGAGCUUCUAUUGAUGGAUUUGACCAGUACUUCGUGACGCGCUCCCUGGAGAACAAUCGCCGGAACAUCUGGUUUGCAGAGUUCUGGGAAGAUAAUUUUAACUGCAAACUGACCAGCUCAGGUACCCAGUCAGACGACUCCACCCGCAAAUGCACAGGUGAAGAACGCAUCGGCCGAGACUCUAUCUACGAGCAGGAGGGGAAGGUGCAGUUUGUGAUCGACGCGGUGUACGCCAUUGCCCACGCCCUGCACAGCAUGCACCAGGCGCUCUGUCCUGGGCAUACAGGCCUGUGCCCGGAGAUGGAGCCCACCGACGGGCGGACACUGCUGCAGUAUAUUCGGGCAGUCCGCUUCAACGGCAGCGCGGGGACCCCGGUGAUGUUCAACGAGAACGGGGACGCGCCCGGGAGAUACGACAUCUUUCAGUACCAGGCGUCCAACGGCAGCUCGGGCGGCGGCGGGUACCAGACGGUGGGCCAGUGGGCCGAGGCGCUGCGGCUGGACGUGGACGCCCUGCAGUGGGCAGGCGACCCCCGGGAAGUGCCGCAGUCUCAGUGCAGCGUCCCCUGCAGGCCUGGAGAGCGCAAGAAGAUGGUGAAGGGCGUGCCCUGCUGCUGGCACUGCGAGGCCUGCGACGGGUACCGCUUCCAGGCCGAUGAGUUCACCUGCGAGGCCUGCCCCGGGCACCUGCGGCCCACGCGCAACCGCACGGGCUGCCGGCCCACGCCCGUGGUGCGCCUCACCUGGGCCUCGCCCUGGGCCGCCCCGCCGCUGCUCCUGGCGGCGCUGGGCAUCGCGGCCACCACCACCGUGGUGGCCACCUUCGUGCGGCACAACAACACCCCCAUCGUCCGCGCCUCGGGCCGCGAGCUCAGCUACGUGCUGCUCACGGGCAUCUUCCUCGUCUACGCCAUCACCUUCCUCAUGGUGGCCGAGCCGGGGGCGGCCACCUGCGCUGCCCGGAGGCUCUUCCUCGGCCUGGGCACUACCCUCAGCUACUCCGCGCUCUUCACCAAGACCAACCGCAUCUACCGCAUCUUCGAGCAGGGGAAGCGCUCGGUCACGCCGCCGCCCUUCAUCAGCCCCACCUCGCAGCUGGUCAUCACCUUCAGCCUCACNNUCCUGUAGGUGGUGGGAGUGAUGGCAUGGCUGGGGGCCCAGCCCCCACACAGCGUGAUCGACUAUGAGGAGCAGCGGACAGUGGAUCCAGAGCAAGCCAGAGGGGUGCUCAAGUGCGACAUGUCAGAUCUGUCUCUCAUCGGCUGCCUGGGCUACAGCCUCCUGCUCAUGGUCACAUGCACGGUGUAUGCCAUCAAGGCCCGUGGUGUGCCCGAGACCUUCAACGAGGCCAAGCCCAUUGGCUUCACCAUGUAUACCACCUGCAUCAUCUGGCUGGCUUUUGUGCCUAUCUUCUUUGGCACGGCCCAGUCAGCUGAAAAGAUCUACAUUCAGACCACCACACUGACUGUGUCCUUGAGCCUGAGUGCGUCGGUGUCCCUCGGCAUGCUUUAUGUACCCAAAACCUACAUCAUCUUGUUCCACCCGGAGCAGAAUGUGCAGAAGCGGAAGCGGAGCCUCAAAGCAACCUCCACAAUGGCAGCCCCAUCCAAGGGUGAGGACACAGAGACCCCCAAGUAG